ACAUUCACACGGUAGCGCGCUUCAUAGCAGUCCUUAAACCAGCAGAAGGACUUUUGGCAAUGGGAUGACGAGUGUGUCCCAGUGUUUCCAGUUUGUGACAGUUAAAGGUGAUUGGUCACACUCUCAAGAGAGGCUUCUAGAGCUCAUGUUGACCAGCAGACAAACGAAAAAGCCAGACAGAGGAGCGCCGCGGGGGUCUGAAAAAUGGGAGCGGUGAAGUGAAAACCAUCGAAAAGCGGCAUGUCUGGAUGAAAAACACCAAAAGUAAGUUACUUCGAACAUAUCCCGACAAGAAAAGCACUCGAGUUUUGCCUCUUUGUCUUCAACUUUAACGUUUUGGGUGAGAAAUGUAGUGUUUAUUGUUCGCCAAACAGUAGCGGAGUUUCGGGCACCAAAACGCAGCAGACCAGCGGACCUCAGUGGUCAGAUCAGAUUUCACGAUUUCACGUUAUCCUGUGCGUUUGAGAAACCGCCCCUGGUGUCCCGACUGAAUUGACGGGACUGCUGCGUGAUUUUUACCUUAAAUCAUCCAGACAAGGACGUCAACUUUUAGUUUGUUUGCAACCUCACGUGAACGAUGCGCGUCGAGGUGACAUGUGGAUCAGUGAUUGACAGCUCAGAUGGGCGGGGUUGACUCGAAGGAUUUAUUAGUGGACAAAGGAAAUUGAGAUAUUUGUCUUCAGUUUGGAUAGUUUUUUUUCUGAAAAUGCUGCAGUGUAGUCCUCAGCCCUCUGUGGUUUGCCACGUACAGCUGUAAGAAAUUUGAUCUGCACAAGUGCCCAUGUGGUGAGUGUAUACCCGCCUCCUGUGUGAACGUAUACAGACAGGGCAGUUGGACACUUUCCUCACUGCUUCUCACUAUUACAGCUUUUUUUUCAGUCACUAACAACAACCAGUUGUCACAUUUUCAAAACUGUAAACACAAUGAGCACAGCAUCGGCCUUUUGUGGCCACACCAUUCACACAUUUCAUGUUGUUUUUAGUGAUGAGCACGGCAGUUCUUUGAGAUGUACUGAAUCACUAGAAUCAGUUCACUAAAAAGAUUUGUUCAAAAGAUUCGUUCGCUGAAUCACUAAAUCAUUCUGGGUUUGACUAGCUCUCUUCUCAUUACUGCCAGCUAACGUUUUAAAUUUGUUUAAUUGGGAACUAAAUCUGUUAACACGAUGGGGAACAACGGUCGCCAACGGUCCCUGGGUCGCCUGGCAAUGCUGUGUACUAUGAAAUAAAUGCAUUACCUGAGGAAGUGAUUUGGUUUGGUAUGUUCAGUUAGAAGAUUUGGUUCUUCUAAAGGAAUCAUUCGUGAAUGACCCAACGCUAGUUGUUUUCACACAAUAUGCAGUCAGUGAACACAUUUCCACAAUGCUUACAUUUUCUUAACAGACGAGCUAUACCUCCCAACAAAAUGAUGGAUUGUUUUUGUAUUGUUUACGAAUGUUAAUUCACAACAUCCCACAAUAGCAAAAGCAAUAUUCCAAACCUUAGAUACAGUUAGGGCUGGGUGCAUGAGUGCUACCCCCCUGGCAGAAAUGCAGAUGAAGGCUCAACAGAUUAUGACAUUGUCGACAACAUUGGCAUGAAAAAGUUGGUGGUGUGGAGGUGUUUUUUUUUUUUUUGAGGUCGGACAUGAAGCAGAGUAAUGUGCACUGCAAAUUAUGUCGAGUUCAUGUUCACGCAAAGUCGGGGAAUACCUCAAAUCUUUUUCAGCACCUGAAGCAGUGCCAGCAGAGCAUGUACAAUGCAAAAGAUUAUAAACCCUAAGUGGGGCAAGGACAGCCGACCAUUCAGUCCACUUUCUGUAGCGCAAUGCCUCACGACAAAACGUAGAGGAGACACAAAGACCUCACAGAUGCAGUAGCUUAUUGUAUUGCAAUAGAAAUGCUAGCAAUAAACAAUGUUAAAUUUUGUUUUUUAUAUUGUGAUAUAUCAAUAUCGACUGAUAUGAAAAAAAUAUAUUGUGCUAAAAUUUUUCCCAUAUCUCCCAGCCCUAGAUACAGUAUAGAAACCUCUGCUUCUGCAAUGAUAUCAGUUCAAAAACAACAUAUCUCAGCUGAUAAUAAAGAAACAAUUGAAUAAUUGACACACAGCUGAUUUAUGUUGGGUAAAUUAGUGCCAACCACAGCUGAUUCCAGUCUGGUUUAGACUCAGUGGCAGGGGUUAAAAGGAGGAGUUUGAGGAGUGAUGUUUUUGGAAACAGAAAAAGACAAACACUGUAAUGUCUAGAUGAGGAAGAGUACGAACCAGGGGCCCAGAGAGAAGAGCAGGAGCAGGAUAUUUUGUUCACUGUAAGCAAUACUGUUAAACUUUUUCUGUUCUAUCAUAUUUUUAUUUUUUUUACUGUACCUUCUGUAGUAAACAGUAAAGGAAAAAAAAACUGAUUUGCUUUUUACUGGAAUGCUUUUGAAUGGGAACAUUUCAUAUGAACAUACAGUUCCCAACCAAGAAAUUUAGUGUACAAACAGUGGAUUGCAUGUUUUGCAUGCAAAUACCUGUAAAACUAAAACAUAAAUGUCUAUGCAGUUUUUGUAAUGUGAGCAAUAGUCAGUGUUUUGAACUGGUGGACUUUGAUCGACUGCUUGUACCUUGUGAAGUAAAAAGAAGUGUUAUUCUUUGACAGAAUAAUUUUAUUUUGAGUCAGAUAUCCAGUGUUUCGGUAAAGUUAGUGUGUGCAGAGAAAGAUGUGUUCUACUUUGAAAUGAAGAGUUAGUAUAUUUAACAAAAUGUGUUUUUGAGAAGAAAAUUAUCCAUUUGGCCAAAUGUGUUUUGUAGGUGUGAUUCUGUGUUAAGAGUUUAGAAAAAGUGUAUGGGUGAGUGCUUGUUAGCAAUUGAAAAAAACUGUAAUAAGUUAAAAUGGGAGAUAUGGCACAAGAACUAAAUUUGACGUGUUGUAAAAUCAGAUGCGAGUAUAGAGCCAGCUGCAGAAAUGCAAAGUAAGAAAUGUAACUCGGUAAAGUCGUUGAUUGACAGCAAAACGUUGGAACCACUUAUAUAUUUACUUUUAACAUAUAGAUAGAUAGAUAGAUAGAUAGAUAGAUAGAUAGAUAGACCCACCGAAUAUUGAACGUCGAAAAGACGUGCAGAUCAAGUCAGAAUUGGGUCGGUCUGUCAAAGACCACAUCUAGACGUCAGUGUGACGUUCAAACUAGGUUAGAAAUUUUGACGUCCGAAUUGGACCUUCUUUAGAUGUUGCUCUGACGUUAAGGAUUUGGACGUCAUUGGAAGACCAAAUCUAGACGUCGCACAAUGUGCAAAAUGGAUCCAAGAUUUAGACGUCAUUAUAGGACUUGUUUUAGACGUUGAAAUUACGUCCACAUUUGUACCUCAUCAUCGAAAAAAUACGUUAAAUAGAUGUCAUUUCGACGUUGCAUUGCGCUGUGGGGAUAGAUAGAUAGAUAGAUAGAUAAAUAGAUAUCAUUUUCUUUUAAAUAGAAGUAGUGAUCAUAUGUAUUAAUCAUUGAGUUCCACAUUUUGUCGUCAUGUCUUUUCUAAAAGGAUGUCUCACAACUGAAUGGGCUUGGGUCUGUCUCAUUGCUUGUGAAUUUGUUUAAUCACUUUAACUGGAGGCUUCCUGUUGCCAUCUGAUCGCUUUAAAACACUUAAGCACCACAAAUGUGUUUAAGCACCAUGCCUCCUUUGAAGUGUCAUUCAUUAAUUUGGCAGAAAAGGAUUAGUGUGAUAUCAUUCUUCCAAUUACACACUUUUCAGCCUCAAACUGAAUGAUAAUGAAAUAAAAGAAAGGUCUCAAUGAUUAAAGGAAUAAAUCAAAGUGCCAAGGGAUGCCGAAUAAUGCUUGACGGCAAUGUGUGCUUAAUGGGAAAAUCAAAUAGUGUGUUAGUUCUGUCUUCUGCUAUAAAUACCAAAUGUAGUAGGAACAUGGUGGACAGUCCUUAGAAGGCAGCAGAGGUUGUGCUGCUUUCCCAGGAUCAAGGUGUGAAAAGACCUUUGAAAGUGAGAAGGUGUUGGGGCGUCAUUUCACAGGCCUUUGCCAAUUGUCCACUCACGGGGUUCAUUGCUGGAACUGCAGUUGCCUUUGGCUAAUUGCAGUAGUUAGAAAGCGUUUGAUUUGAAGGCAGCGGCGGCAGCAGAUUGCUGUUAGCUGAGAUUUAUUGGUGAAAGGUUUAGGGGAACACCUGGUGCAGCGAGUUCACAAUCCUUGCUGGAGCAACAGAUGGAGCUAAGGAUACAGGGUAGAGAAGAGGAAUGAGGCAGUGUGGCUACAAAACCACACAGAAGUGACGAGCUGCUAAAGACCAGUGAGGUGGAUGUAAAAAAAGGUAAUGGCUCUUAGUUUUACUGGCAGUUUCCCAUGUUUAGUCUGAGUUUCUUUGUGGUUUCCCACCAGAGAAGAUAUCCUGGCUUGUUUGCUUGAAGUUGAACAGAAGUCGUAAUAACAGUUCCAUGAUUCCUAUGAUGUUUCAGUACACGGAAAAUAAUUAUUUUCUGCUUUAUUAACAUUUUUAAAACACUACCAAAAAAGUACACCAUUCUAUAAUCUUGAAAACCCACUGAGACUUCUUCAACCAAAGAGACUUCUUCAUCAAGUUUUCCUUUAGCUCUUUUAUUUGCGGUCUACGCCAUGGGUGAACUGCUUUGCCUCUGCAGAGCUCAGCCAGAAGAAAUCUUGUUAAAACAUUUUCAGUGAGUGAAAGAUUUGUGUACUUGGCUUAAUUUUUAAGUCAUUAAACUUGUCCUUUCCCUUAGGAUACACACCUACACACAGUCAUGAGACAUACACACCCAAACCUCCCAUUCUUAAGUCAUUUGUUCUGCUGAAAUGAACUUUAACUUGUGUUUCAGUAGUGAUGAAUAACUAGGAUUAUGCUUAUUACUUUCAGACAAGUGUCCAUCAACACCAUUAUGCCUUUAGACCAUUUUAGUGACAGUGAAAGACGUCAAUAAUUUUUCCAUACAGAAAAGCAAAUCCUUUCAUUAGCAGCAAACUUCCCCUGAAUGUACUUUUUAAUUGUCAAGUCAUGUAAUUGGUGAUGAUAUAACUGAAACACUCAGACACUAUCAGGUUCAGGAACAUUGAGCAGAGGUUAAGGAGUUCAAAAGUCAAACAAAAUGAACAGCGCAGAGGUGAAUAACUGCGGGAGUAGACUUUGAGCCAUUGUAACCAGCCUGCAUUAUUGACCUACAAGUACCAUGCAGCUACGUAACUUAAGACUGUUACAUAAUCCAAGAUAAAUAAUCUAAAGCUUUGUUAGAUAGCUGAUGUAACCUGAGUUUUUCAGUUUGCUUUCAAUGCAUACACAAACACUCAAAAAGAAUCAAAAACUGAUUUCACUGUAGAGAUCAGAGACUUUUCGAUUUUCCUUAUUUUACAUAUAGAUUUUCUUAUUCAAAUCUAAAAUUUUUUGGCAAAUUCCUUAAAAUGAAAAUGAUUUUAUUGUAUGUUAUAACAAGAUAAACUUCUUUGUGGUUGUCUGCCGUGACAGCCAAGUUGUUAGCUGUAGUUCAAAGGUUGACUUCAAGUUUUGUAAUGCACUGUAGUUUUUUUUAUUUAAUGCUGUAAAACACCGGCUCAUAUCUUUAACGGGCGCUUUGCUGUGUCACGUCCAGGCCAGUCGACCAUGACUGUUCAUUUCUACCUGUUACACAACACUUAACCUCUGCCCAAUUUUCACACUUAGUUGAGUGUUUGUGUGCGUGUGUGUGUGUGUGUGUGUGUGUGUGUGUGUGUGUGUGUGUGUGUGUGUGUGUGUGUGUGUGCGCACUGCUUAGUUGAACAGGGUGAGUUCCACUCAGCUCUCAUUCUCCCAUCAGCGUUGCAUGUGAAGGGACAGCAGCAACAUCUGGGAUAAGGUAUGACGGGUGCACUGGGUUUGUUUAAAAUUGAUUUUGCUGUUUUGGGAACAACUUAAAGUUAUGAUUCCUCCAAAUAUUUAGACUUUUCAUAUUUUCUUUAUGCAUUGUCAUACACGUUAUUUUAGAGGAAGUAUAGUUUCAAGCUGUAUCUGCAGGAGUGUUUAAUGAAUGUGGAGUUGUUUUUUUGUUUUUGACUUAAUGCUUGGAGACUCAAAGGAUGUGCUUCUCUUUUUGUAGAUCUUGUACAGAGAUAUUUUAGAGUCUUUGAUUUACGAUAAACUCAAACCUUUCAUUUUUUUAUAACCACGCCAGUACGCUACAAAUGUGCAAAUAAAGUCUUUGAUUGUAGAAAUAAGGUCAUGUCCAGUGGGAAGGCAAGAGUAAAAGAAAUUGAGUGUACUCGUGUUGCAGGAAUAAAAGCUCCUAGUCUUUUCACAAAGCUGGACAAUUACUUUUAGGCUGGAAGUCAAACAGGGGAUUCAUUCUUAUCUUUAAAGUCACAUGUACACCGAUCUGGUGGGGUGUUUUAAGUUGGGUUGUGAUUGAAGGUUGAAAGCUGAUUUCAUCAUAUUCAAAAGGGAAAACAAGAUAAUGGUCCGCUUCAAUGGGAGAAGCAUACUCCAAAGGUAAAUAUUGAAUUUUCUCUCUCUCCCCAGAGCAUGAUGGCACAACUCCUUUGGCUCGGCCUAUCGCUGCUGGCCUUCGUCCAGUCCAGCACAGUGAAGAACUGCCACCCCGGCUGCCACUGUGAGGUGGAAAGCUUCGGCCUGUUUGACAGCUUCAGUCUCACCAGAGUGGACUGCAGAGGGUUGGGACCAAGCGCCACCAUGCCAAUCCCCAUCCCUCUGGACACUGCCCACCUGGACCUGUCCUCCAAUUCCAUGGGCCCACUUAAUGACACUAUGUUAGCUGGUCCUGGCUACACCACCCUUGUCAGCUUGGACCUUAGCAGCAACCACAUAACAAAGGUCAGUGGUCAGAGGAACUAAAAUCAAAAUAUGUUUAAGUUCUUCCAGUACUAAUUCUAUUUAUUCUCAUCUGAAACAUACUUCCAUGAGCUCAAAUGACAUUUUCUUGGCUUUCUGACUUGAUUGGAUGCAUAUUUAACCAUUUUCAUGUUGACAUUAAAUGUUAUCCUGCAUGUCCAUUUCCUUUGCAUCCAGUAAAAUGCUACUUCAGGCAGCCCACAAUCUCAAACUCAGCCCACAGUACAUCAGGUGAUCCUAAUGCCAGCCCAUGCCAGCUGACAGCUCAGCUGAUUACUUUUUAUGCAUCCAAUUGGCAAUGUCAGAACGGGUGUUCUUUUUCAAAUACUUUGGCCUGCUCACACUCUCCCUGCUUCCUCCACAAGCUGCUUUUCAGUCGACCUCUACCCGGCUCCUCCUGUUGUGCUGUGUUUGAUUUUUCCAGUGUCGUAUGUAUUAUUUGUGAGGCCUGCUCUGUUUUAUUUCCUGGGGGCUCUUUCCUGCUGUUUUUCCUUGCCUUGGCCUUUUUGAUGCAUGCACAUGAAACAGAGGAGAGGUGUGCUCUUCCCGCUUCAGGCUUUAACAGUCAGUGUGCACUCCUAGAACAGAGCCAUACCUCCAAAACAGACCUUAUUCUAUGAUAACUCUCUUUGACAUAAGUGGGCUUGUCUGAAUGUACAGUUCCUGUAUUGACGUGGCAACCUUCUGUUUUCAUGAUGACUUUGCAAUCUUGUCAGUUUUUCUGCUUCACCGAUGAUUGUUGUGUGUUUUCAUGGCUGUAAAAGAACAAUUUACCUUAAUGUCAAUAUUGUUGUUGUGAUUUUGUAAAGAUUAUACCACAACUCACUCUUCUGAAAAGGCCAACACAGACUUCAUACAUUUUCAAACACACCUCAACAACUGAGUAAAUUGGUGCUCAACCCCUAAAGUGCAAGGCGGAGAAUUCAAAAUAUUCCAAAGUUUAUGCAGCAGACUGAGUAUUCAGAAAUAAAGAAAAAAUACAUGUGAGGGGAAAACUGGUUAAGAGGGGUAGUGUUAACAUUCAAGAUUUCUCCCAAAAACUGGCACUUGCUUAGAUCCUGCCUACCCCACCUUUAACUCAUGUAUGUAUCUCCACCCCUAUGUUAACUUCUUCCUUGGCUUCUCUUUUUUAGGUAAGCCCCAAUGCUUUGUCCAGACUGCGUUACCUGGAGACUCUGGAUCUGAGCGACAACAACCUGGAGAGCCUCUCUCCAAACUGCUUCUCCGGCCUCCCUUUGGCUGAAGUUGACCUCAGCCAUAACAGCUUCCAAAAGUUCGACAUGAACGUGUUCACUACCAAAGUUAACGGUGACCCUGUCAGUGUGGAUCUGUCCCAUAACCAGCUCGUGUCACUCUCACUGACUUCUCACGGAGGCGCAUUACAUAUUCAAGGCUUAAAUCUGUCAGCAAACCGACUGUUGAGUGUACCAAAGCUGGCAGGACUACCUUUAAGGUACCUAAAUCUGGAUGGUAAUCCUGUCACCCACAUCAAGGAGGGAGCAUUUACUCAAAUGAAAGAUCUGGUUUAUUUGUCCAUCAGCGGUCUGCAUGAACUUCAGGACAUUGAGCCACACAGCUUCAAGGGCCUCCAGAGCCUGCAAGUUUUGGAUCUCUCUCACAACCCCAAGCUUAAGACUUUGAGCCCUGCAGUUUUUAGUGGACUGGACUCCUUGCAGGAGCUGAAUCUGUCUGGUUCUGGUUUGGCUUCCUUGCCAAAUAACAUGCUGACCCACUUGCCCAGUAUUAAGAGCAUUACACUGGGAAGAAACAUCCAAUGCUGGAGGACCCAAAAACAAGGACAGUUCCACCGACAGCUUGGUCAGGUCCAACACAACGAUGUGUUAAACUGUAACGUAGAGGGGGUGGUGCUGUAAGACCGGGGUUUGUGUGUCUGGACUGCUGCUUUAUAGGGCCAGUAUACUCCCAUCAGAAGGGCUUAUGGAUGAUGUAACCUUACAACCCCUCUGCACAUACCUUCCUGUUUUCCACUUUGGAGGGCCGUAUGCAACAGUUUUCUGUCACUCUGUAACGUUAAGGUCUGACUUUUUUUACAAGCUUUUUCUGUUCUCAUCAGAUUCUUCUUCCUCUUUCUCUUGACAGAUAACAUUUUUAAAAAACUAAGUUUAACAGCAAGGGAAAUGUGGGGAGGAUUUACACUCGAUUAACUUUUACUCGACUCUGAAUACUUUUUAUGUUACAGAACCGCAAGUCAUAUGAGGUAUGACGUAUAUCCAAGCCUUUUAAUUCCAACGCAAUCGUGCCUUAUCUGCUUUGAUAUGCAAAACACUUUGUGUUGCACUCAGCCUAUUAUGCUUGUUCAUAUGUGCAACUGGAAUUCAUGUAACGUUGCCUUCUGUAGCAAAGUACCAAGAAAAAGAAAAGUCGUUUUAUCUCAUUAUCUAGUCCUGAAUGGCAGGGAACUCAAAAGUCCAAAAUGUAAAGUAGGUUAUGUGUUUCCUUUAAAGAAGUGGGACCAUAUCUAAAAGAUUUGCACUUGUUUCAGUUGAGGUUUUUUUUUUUUUUAAGCUCUGAGAUGACGCCUUUUAAUCAUCCAGUGUAUUACAAAGUUCUCUUCAUUGUUCUCAAAACCCACACUGGAGAGUAUUUUUUUUGACCACUAAUAUGUUUUAUUUGACUUUGAAUGUGAUGCUUUGUUAAAAUGAUUAACAAAGGUAGUUUGACAUUAUGUUUUUAGUAAUGUUAGAGUUUUAGAUACGGACCAACACCACCCCAAAAAACAGUUUGGUACUGAUGCAGCUUCAGCUAGUUAGGCCCAGUCCCAAAGCACCCCCUACACACUCGCCCGUCACUAUCGAGUGUCACUCGUAAUGAAGUUACACUCGCAGCUGUGGAGUGCGCUUCAAAUGUGAGGGUAUAAACAAGACGGGCGUGUAUGGGACGCCCUCCUCACUCCACCGGAAAAUGGAAAGAUUCAUCUCCAUAGCAACACAAAGAUGCGUCCUGUGCAAGACAGCGUUGAUUUUCGUAGUAAGCGGACAUCAUGUACAGUUCUGAGCCGCUCCGGCUGCCUUGUCUCUUCAUCCUCCCAGUAAAAUCAUAAAUCCAGUAACCAUGACAGUGACAGGAGCUAAAUUAUACUUCUGAUUGUUAGUGAUUUCACACGUCUUUGAACCCCUUUACUAUUUAACAUGUGCCUGAACAAUCAAAACAAAUGUCAGCACAGAGUUUCAUUUGAUCUUUCCAAACCACGUCUUUUGUGAUUUUAGUUUUUGUCAGUAAGACAAAGGUGGACACAUAUGGAACUUAUAUUUGUAUGUUGUUUCCUCCUCCUCCUUUUUUGCCGUGAGUGAGCGUCGGUGCAGACCACUCGCCCUCCUCACUUUGUGGUUUGGGACGGCCUUCAAUAUGGUGGAGCCUCUGCAGGGACGCGCAAACAGAGGGAAAGAGUAUAGGGCGAGUGUUGAGGGGGUGGUUUGGGAUUGGGCCAUACUCUAGUCUAGUUUAACACAAAGACUGGACAUGGGACUCCCUAACAAGUCAUGAAUGUAACCAAGUGCCUGAACCAAAAAUAGUCAUGGUAUGUCAAGUUUUGGAGUUGCGGCAUUUAAAAGACAUAUUAAAAUAAAUUUUGUCCCCUUACAUAAUUUUAGCACCAAUCUAAUUUCAAAAGACAUACGGACCAAUUUGAAAAUUUGUCAGCAGUUAAGAAAAAAGUAAUUCGACUAUCUUGUAAAAGUAUAGCUGGGUUGCAGCAGUGCCCACUGUAAAGCUACAAAGAACAAAACCAAGUAUAGAGUUUGUAAAAGCCUCAUACAACCAUGAACUGUAGUUUAAGUUCUGGGUCUAACAGGUGGGAUAUCAUUGUCUGAAUGAGGCAAACUAUCUCUAUCUGUUUUCAGUCUUCGAGCUAAAUGACUGCUGGUUGAUGUUACAUGUUUACCACUGACUUCAGGGUAGUUUCAACCUUUACUUAAUCCCUAGAGGGGGAAAAAAGAGAAGUGAGAAUCAAGUCUUAUGCAAACUUUAAUUUCUUUUUGGUGGGUUGAUCUUUUCUUGUCACCUCAACAAAAACGCAAUUUCAUUACUUGAAUGUUCGUCCCUGAAUCUGUCAACUUGUCCCUUGUUUUGGAGAGUUUGUCCUACAUAUGUGAGGCACGGCAUUUGACAUAGUGGUCACUAAUCUGCGUUCUGUUUGUUUAUGCAGUACAAGUAAAGAAGAAGUGACCCUUGCUGACCAUGAGUUUAUUUUGACCUGCCAUCAAAUCCCUCUUGAGCAAGACUUAUUUUAAAACAAACUUACCCAAUCAAACAACUUUUGACAUAUUUACUACUGAGUUCAGUACGAAUAUCUGUUUAUGCUAAAACAACAAGCUGCACUGUGUUCCUGUGUGCAGCCUUAACUUUGCAUUCCUGUGGCAUUUCUGUGGACCUGAGAGGAAGAUCAGCCUCAAUACUGCAUAUUAGCAAUUUCCAAUGUCACUAAUCUCUACAGGCUUCAUGCCUCUGAUGCAAGAAAUUGAGCAAAAAUACACCUUUGAAUUCAAAUUCAUAUAAACCCUGUCUUCAUGCAGGAGUUUAUAUUUGUAUGUAUGUAACUAUAUUGUAUAUAAUUUUAUAUAAAUAUGAAUGAAUCACAUGUUUAAUAAAUUGACUAUUCUUACACAGUG